GGACUCGGUGAUCACUGGAGGUCCUUUCCAACCCCUAUGACUCUGUGAUUCUGGAGCUUUAUAGGAUAAAGAAUGGAUCUCCGUGUGGAUGUCGGAGUGAUGCUGAGGUAUCAUCGUGCUCUCAGGUGCACGCACGAAAGUGUGCAGACACAUCCAGCCUGCGGAAGGUAGAGCAGGAAGGACAGGCAGAGGGAAGCAGGCUGUGGUGGCUGAAAUCAGAAGGGAAAAUGUGAUCGUUAUGGUGCAAAAUGUCCUUUAUCGCUGAGCAAAAGGCAUUGUUACUCCUUAAAGUCAGGGAAAACUGUUUUCAGUGGGAGAUUCUUGACACCUGCUGUGGCAGCUGGUAGAAGUAAUAUCUUGACCGUUAGAACUACGCUAUUUUACCUCAGGAAUUUUAUAUCGUUUCAUAACGUACAGCAGUUUAUCUCCACAAAAUACACUCUGCCACCUGACUUCUUAACGCGGGCGGUUGCAAUCCGGCAGCCUUUGAUGUAAAGCUUCCCUUCACUCUCUGGGAGCUGACGAACGCCGCGGGGCUGUGUUGUGUCACGUGACGCCACGCCGAAAUCCCCCAGUACCGCAGUACGCUGCAGCACGGCCUUAAUGCGGAUUACCUGGAGAUCACUGUACCGCCACGCGUCACCCGGCUGCACCGCGAGGUGAAGCGCUGUGACGUCCCCAGCCUUGCUGCAGUACCUUGCAGGAACUUCUCAGCACCUGAUUUAUAUUGUUUUAUAAUGGGAUGUUCUGGGAAACGCAGCACAGAGGUGACUGCACAAAUGUUUUUCAGGGAACAUUUCAUAAAUCUUAAGAAUGACAAACAGAGAAGAGAAAAGGAAUGAGGAGAGAAGGUUAAAGGAAGCCGUUGGCUCCCACCUGAGAUUUGACCUCAGAAGGAGAAUCCUGGAGGUGAACAGGAGGUGACUCAGACAAGAAGAAGUGAAAGAAGCAUUUCAGAUGGAGAAACCACAUGAACAAAGAUUUGCUGACCUCCUGCAGUGUGAGUUGUGGCAUUCAAGGGGACUCAGCAGUCUGAGAAGGCAUCACUGCUCCUACUGCUUCAGGCCUUCUGGAUUUCAUUUGACAAUUUCAAGGCCCUCUGUAUCAACAAGCCAAAAGAAGAAAGUCACAUGGCUGUCUGUAUGACAAGAAAACCAUUUAAAAUGAAAAAAUUCACACUGUUUGAUUUUAUAAAUGACAACUCACUGCAAAUUGGAGAGACAUCAUGGAUUCAGAAUCUUCCCAGUGAUGACAGUGAACUAGAAGGAUUUCUGAAACCAAAUGAACAUGUGCUGGUAAACUGGCCUGUGGCAGAAAGAAAGACAGAAAAGCAUCUAGUGAAAGUUGUAUACAUGAGUGAUGACCCCCAAGAAUUGGUAGAAAUGAUGCAAAAGAUACUACAAGAGGAUGAAAUUACGAAAAUACAAGUGCUUGGAAAAGGCAAGAGGAAGAGGAUAGAAAUGAUAUUCUCAGAAAGCGAAGACAGUGACCUGGGUAAAGAACAGCAGAAGAUGAUGAAGCAUAUAAAAAGAAAAAAAGCAUUUCAGGCAUCUGCUCCUGCCAGCAUCCUGAGUCAACUUGAAACGUCUUUAAUUAACAAACAGAGAGAACCAUAUUCAGGAAGCAACUUUCUAUGCAGUGAAAGCAGCAGUGAUGAUGAAGAGCCUUUAUUUCAAUUAUCCAAGGUGGAACUGUGUGCCAAAAUAAAAAGUCUCAAGAGGAAGCUGACAGACACCAUGAGAGAAAACUGCCGCCUGAGGCAGUCCCUGGUGAUGCUUCAAGUGUUGCCACAGGCAGUCACUCAUUUCGAGGAACUGGUAGGGAUGGCUGAAGCACUGCUCAAAGGGGGAGUGACAACAUCUACAUCCAGUCUUCAUUCACAUGCUGUUUGGAAAGCAUCUAACAACUCUUUAGCAGAUGUGUAUGCAGCUAUGCAUAGUAACUCCAGCUCACCAAUAUCUUCGAAUUUGGAAGAUGAGGAGCAACCAACUGAAAAACAGUUCAAGAUUGAGAAGUGGCAAAUCGCACUUUGUAACAAGAGCAAACCUCAGAAGUUUAUAAACGACUUGAUGCAAGCACUUUAUACCCACGAAUACAUGGCUACACACAGCCUGACAGGUGCAAAGUCAUCCUCUUCAAAGGAUAAAGCAGCGAAACCAGCUAUGAAUCAGAAUGAAGUUCAGGAAAUCAUAGGAAUUACAAAACAGUUGUUUCCAAACACAGAUGAUGCUUUAAUUAGGCGAAUGAUGGGACAAAAACUGAACAAUUGCACCAAGAAGCCAAUUUUAAGCAAAGAUCUUAACUCAGGUGCUUUUCAGAAGCAUGGUUUUUGUGGUUCAGCAGCUGCUCCUCAGGGCAUCAUCCCUUUGGCUGUUCCUCCCAGCACGCAAGACCAGCAGGAUGAUGAUACAACAGCUGCUAAUGCACAAAUUCAGCAGAGCCACAGCCAUCUGACUCCUCCACCUCUCAGCACCCAAGAUGAGCAGGAGCGUUUCAAACCUACUUCUGAGGUGGAGUCUCAUCUCUCCAGAAGCUCACAAGCGCCCUCUGCCAACCAGGGUUGUGGACAGGAUCUCAGGAAUUCAGACAAGGAAUAACAGAAUGUACUUCAUGCCAGCUCAAGUUCCCGUUGGAGAUGAAGGAAUAAUAUAAAAUUAAAAUGAAAUAAUAUUUAUUGGGCCUAGCACUAUCGGACAGAAAUACUGCAAGCAGAGUAGAAGCUUGGGAGACAAUUCCUCAAGAGAAAAUCCCUCAGCUUAGGAAAAAUGAAGGCAUAUUAAUAUAUUUGGCUUUCAGGUAUUAUUAAAUAAAUGCAUGUUAUACUGUAAUUCAAAGAUAUAUAAACUUGAUCCAAAGAAUACAAGAACUGCUCCCCUUAGUUAGAAAAACACCAUAUUAUUUAAAGUAACACCAAGAGAAUUUGUAAGAGGAUCCUUAAUGCCCUUGCUUUCACCUUGACAGCUGAUGGAAAAACCGCUUUACUGACCAGAGAAAGCUAUUACAUAUUGAUACAAAAGAGAUACAGAAGUAUGAAAAGAAAGACAAUAAAUAUUUGAGGAUGCUGUUAACUUAGAAGGAACAAAAAAUCUCAGGGCAGUGAAACUAUACUUCCUGAGAUGUCUGCAAGAAAGAAACAGCUCAUUUUUAACCUCCAGAAGUUGGAAAGGCAAUGAAAGAAACCUCAUUCUUUCUUAGCUCAGGAAAGAGUUCCCUAGGAUAUCUUGCUUGGUUGUGGAGGCCAUGGCUUCCCUCAUAGGCUUUUUGAUGCCAAUGCUUUGGUUUGGCAGCUCUCAUUCUCUCUUCCCUGACCUCUGGGUCCAGAAGAUAAAGGUAACAGUUCCCCCAGCCAAAAAAUGGAAGAUAAUCUCUGGAAAGCAGCUAGUAAAGGACAGAGCUGCCAGCUCUUUCUCUGUAUGUCUAGAUUUUGAUACACUGCUGUUGGAUUAGAGAGUAAGUGGAGAGGUAGAUCUUGUUCCUCACGGGGUUGGCACCAGAAGUCCUCCAUCAGCUGGGUAGUUCCUCUUGAGCUGUGACAUCAUUGUCCCAGGGGCACAACUAGCAGUCAUGAAUCCUGUAAUUGCCUGAGAAGGAUGAGGAAUGGUACAUUUUUUUUCCUUUGUGGACUCAUUCUGGUUUGUUCUGUAGUGUGGGAAAGAGAGAACGCUUGGAUUAUAGCUUUCACACUUGAAGGUAUUUCUUUCAGAACAGAGAGUACUAACAGUUAAAUCUAUUUCAUACUUGGCAAACAAGCAACUAAUGAAUCAAGAUGGAAAAAAAAAAUAAAUAAGAUGACUAACUUCAUUUGAGGACUUCUAGAACUAGAAACAGUAUAAGGGUGAAUGCAAGGAAAAAAAUCAGAAGGUAAGGUUAGCAACUGAAUACCUCUGAAAGAGAAGUGCUGCAAACCUUCCUUUAUUAGAACAAUGCACUAGUAAAAUACACUGUAGAGAAGACUUGUGGAUGGGAUGGGGGAUAAAAGUGAUCUACUAGCCUCGUUCAUUUCUCAUGUCUAUCAAUUCCUUAUAAAUAGGAUUAAGAUGAAAGCAAAUAGGACAAUGUGAUGUAAAUUCCACCUCACUGCCAUGCAUCAAAUGUAACUGAAGGAUGUUUGCUAUUAUAUAUAUAUUUUGUAUAUGUAUCUGUAUAUACAGCAUACAAGAAUGUAUAUAAUUAAUCAUAUUUUUGAAGCAGAUUUCUAUCGAAUAAAAUGAAACAUUACUA